AUGGUGUUGGAGUUAAUGGGCGUUGAAGCCUCAUCCCUCCAUAUUAUCGCUUUCUUCUUUGUGCUAUACGUGGUGUAUAAGCGGGCAAUUUACUCUAGGUUCAUAAGUCCACUUCGCUAUCUGCCAAAGCCCAAGACUGGACUUUUCCCCUUUUCAGGAAUUUCCCGCUUGGCCCAAGAACCAGUGACGAAUAUUUAUCUUCGACAUGCCAAAGAGAUACCAAACGAUGGUAUUAUUUGCGUCAAAGGGCCUUUAGGAUCGGAAGAAUUGCUUCUAACCAGCGGGGAUGCAGUUGCUGAGGUCCUUGUAAAAAGCCCCUUUGACUACGAAAGGGACGGAAUCAUCCGGCACGUCCUCGGGGGCUCGGAUGGGGUGUUGUUCUUUGGUGACGAAACCCAUAAACAAGAGCGAAAACUUGGUUUGCAGCACCUGGGCGCUAGACGGGUCAAGAGUCUUUACUCAAUGUUUUGGGAGAAAUCGCUCAAGGUAGCCAACCUUAUUGCACUGCGACAGGCUCACUCCGGCGUGGCAGAUUCUGAGUCAUCAAUCAGCGAUGCAGAUUUGACGUACUGGUUCUCUCGAUUCGCCUUAGACAAUGUUAUAAUCUCGGUCUUCGGCGCUGAUUUAAAUAUACUUGGGGAUCCAAAAAAUGAGAUGGCGAGUUUGUUUGACCAACUCUUUGUCCCAGGAUCUCGAAUGCGAAUAUUUUUCGCGUUGAUGGCCACAUUGCCGCGGUGGAUGGUUGCAUGCUUGCCUUUGAGUGCGAUACAAACCCCUCUAGAGGCCAUUGAAAAGCUUAGGCAAAUGUGCAGACAGAUAGUGGCCGAUAAGCAAGACCAGCUUCGGAAUAUGGACGACAAAAGCAAGCCAGAAGAUUUGCUCGCUAGUCUUACCCAAUGGGAAAAGUUUUCUUCUGCCGAGCUCGCCAUUCAAGUCUUCAUGUAUAUUCUGGUCGGACAUGCAACAGUGUCGUCUACUGCCACAUGGACGAUAUAUCUUCUUGCCAAACACCCAGAAUUGCAACGAAGACUACGGAAUGAGAUAAACACUCACGUUCAUUCGAGUGUCCCCCAAGAUAUAUCAGAGGAAGAUCUCGCAAAUCUGAUGGAGAAUGUUCCACUUCUUGAUGCAAUUUGCAAUGAGGCCCUUCGCUUAUAUCCUGCUCUUCAUAUAACCAAACGCAUUUCGACCAAAUUCAAACACAUACUGGGUAAUGAAAUUCCAAAGGGAACGCCGGUCAUUUUGUCCGCAUGGGUAAUCAAUCGAUCCCCUCACUUGUGGGGACCAAACUCCGAAGAGUUUCACCCGGAACGCUGGAUCAACGAUAAGACUGGAAGCUUCAAUCAACGUGGUGGUGCAGUACAAGAUUAUUGCAUGCUUUCUUUCGGGCAGGGUGUUAAGGGCUGUGUUGGACAGGAAUAUGCUCGCAUGGAGUUGAAAGCCUUGGUUGCGGCUUUUGUCUAUGCCUUGCACAUCGAACUGCGAGAGCCGGUUGGCCCUGUGUUUCCAACAGAAAUCCCCCCCUCAAGGCCUUUGCGCGACAUGAAGUUCAAUUUGAGCAAAGUUGAGCACUGA